AUCUGAGUCAACACUGGUGAUUCUAGUUGAGGUGCUUGGCGAGUUAUUUUGCUACAACCCAGCCUGAGCUCGAUUGCUACAAAUCACGAGUGCAGCUCCGGCGCUCAAAGCUUCAGAAUGCCGAAAUAUAGGCGAUUACUGCGAUGUCUACCUGACGCACGACUCAAUGAGCGUGCGCAAGGCGCACAACUCCGGACGAAACCACCUAAGGAACGUUGUGGAAUAUUAUCAACAAAUCGGACAGGAAAAGGCACAAUCAGUCAUCGAUUCCAUUACGUCCUCAUACGCCGCUGAAGGGCAGGCUGUGCCAAACCCAGCUAUGGUUCCCCCGGGUGCUUACCCGCCUCCGUUUGGGUUCCCAGGCCAAUUUCCUCCUCCCCCAUUCGGAAUUCCUCCUCCUGGCCCAGGGGGUGCCGCCAUGCCACCACCCCCCGGAGCACGAAACCUCCCCUUCCCUCCACCGUUCCCCCCGUCGUCCGGGCCCAUGGGGGCACCUCCAGGAGCAGGCCCGGCUGGUCUCCCAACUCCGCCUAACAUGCCUCCCAACAUGGCUACUCCCCCCGGCUCCGCGCCUCCACCUGGCCAAUUUCCUCCACCGCCAGGCGGCUUUCCCAUCCCACCUCCAAACUUCCAGGGCGGAUUUCCCCCUAUGCCUGGCGCGCCUGGCCAAGGCCCUGCAGGGUUCAGUCCCAGUCCUGGUCCCGGACUUUCUGGACCUCCUGGCGGCGGAUCUGGACCAGAUGCGCCAGGCGGGUUUGCGCCGCCCCCCGGUAUGGGCCCUGGGGGCUUCUCAGGACCGCCGCCGGCUUUGGGGGAUAAGCGAUGAUCCUUCCGGUACCUUCCUAUGAACGUUGUUACUGUCGAUGUCAGAUAGACUUUUUAUCUUCCGUCUUUUCUUCAUGUUUUCGGCGUCAAUGGUGUUCGUUAUGCUAGUUUCUUAAAGAGUGAAAAAGCUGGGAACA